AUGUCCGAAGCACUCGACCUCGGCCCAGCCACGGAAGCCGUUAUAGGCAAGGACAUCUUCGAUAUCAUGACUGAACAAGCUACACUGCCCUCGGUCACGAAAGCGUUCAAAUUGACAGUUCGAGACCUCGUUGUCCGCGAUGGAAAGUCUGUCUCACUCGACCUUGCCCUUGCAAACCAUAUUCCCCGUCGGGCCAACACGUCGAGAUCACCAACUAGUGACAGUGAUGGACCGCACAAGAAGCCUGCCAAGCUUAUGAGCCACUGGACGCCUCUCAAAGAUAGUGAGGGUCACGUCAAAUAUGUGGUGAUGAUUGUUUCGCCAAUCUAA